AGUUUUCUUUUGGUACCUUGUGCCAAAGAGGCAUAUCCAAGGUUGAGAUUAGUUUCCAUUUUCUUUGUACUAUUUUCUGGAUAAUAAGACAUUAAACAUUUGAAGAGAUGGAGAAUGAAGAUGGGUAUAUGAUGCUGAGUUUCAAGAAUCGUUGUAAAUCAAAGCAGAAAUCUAAAGAUUUCUCCCUAUAUCCACAAUAUUAUUGUCUUCUGCUCAUAUUUGGAUGCAUUGGGAUCCUUAUUUUCAUUAUAACAGUGAUUGACCUGAAGUUCUGGCAUAAAAAAAUGGAUUUCUCCCAGAAUGUAAACAUCAGCAGUCUAUCAGGACACAAUUAUUUGUGCCCAAAUGACUGGCUGCUGAACAAAGGGAAAUGUUACUGGUUUUCAACUUCUUUUAAAACGUGGAAAGAGAGUCAACGUGAUUGUACACAGCUACAGGCACAUUUACUGGUGAUUCAAAAUUUGGAUGAGCUGGAGUUCAUACAGAACAGUUUAAAACCUGGACAUUUUGGUUGGAUUGGACUAUAUGUUACAUUCCAAGGGAACCUAUGGAUGUGGAUAGAUGAACACUUUUUAGUUCCAGAAUUGUUUUCGGUGAUUGGACCAACUGAUGACAGGAGCUGUGCCGUUAUUACAGGAAAGUGGGUGUAUUCUGAAGACUGUAGCUCCACAUUUAAAGGCAUUUGCCAGAGAGAUGCAAUCUUGACGCACAAUAGAACCAGUGGUGUGUAA